AUGACAGAAAAUCGUUCAUCAGUAUUUGCUUAUUUUAAUGUCACCGAAUCAAUCCAAACGAUCGAUCGUGUACGCCUUGAAGCAGUUCGUUCUGCUUAUGCAAAUAUCAGGGACGAUGAACUGACCGACACUCAACGUUACAAUGCAGAGGAAAAAGUCAAAUUACUGACCGAUAAAUUUCCUAUCAUGAAUGAUGCAGAAAAUCUUGCACUUUUGAAUAAAUGCGUCCUAGGACAGUAUUUGGAACUCGCCUGCCAAGCAAUCUUGGGUGACUAUGUUCAUAAACGUACACAAGAAAUGCGAAGAGCUAGAACAAAUAAUACAUCCACGACUACUUCAACAAUCUCAAAUCAAACAACAGGAUCACCUGCGCAAGUGUCCACAGCGUUCAAUGCUACUGAACCUUUGCCAAAAGCUUUGUGUCAAAUUCUGCUGAAAAAGAACCCAACGAUCGUUUUCCAAUUCAUUCAGAACUUUUUGUUAUGUCCAAUUCAUCAGACACCAACUAAAACUAUGUAA